GCGAGUCGUGUUUUUUGCGUGGAUCAUAGGAAACGGGGAAACAAAGUCAGAAGUAGGAGAUGAAACCGAGAAGGGAUUCGGACGUGCUCUUGUCGAAGUUCGGUCACAAAGAGCUCCUCUUCAAGUUCCUCGUAAUCGGUGACUAUGGUGUUGGGAAAACUGCGUUAGUCAGGAGAUACACGGAAGGCAGGUAUACGUCGAAUUACAAGAUUACCAUAGGAGCCGACUUCGCCAUAAAAACGCUCGAUUGGGAUCCUCUUACUAAAAUAAACUUACAACUAUGGGAUGUCGCUGGUCACGAAAGAUUCGGGUAUAUGACCAGAGUUUAUUACAAAUAUGCAGUGGCCGCAGCUUUGGUUUUCGAUAUCUCGCGGAUAGCAACUUUCCAAUCUAUUAGAAAGUGGCUGUGUGAUCUGAGGGAAAAACUUACCCUUCCAGACGGUUCGAAUAUACCGGUGGUACUUCUGGCGAACAAAUGUGAUAUUCCUUGUCCCGCCAUUUCAACCGAACAAAUCGCCAAGUUCUGCAAGGAAAAUAAUAUCGGCGCUUGGUUUGCUACCUCUGCCAAAGAAAAUACAAACAUCGAUGUGGCGAUGCGUUAUUUAGUGGAAAACGUUCUUAAAAUUAAAUUCGACGGAGGAAUUUGCGAGUCUGUCCGAUUACGGGACAAACUUACGAUUCGAGAACAUACCGGAUGUUGCAAGUUAUGA